GCCAACACCUCCUCUUUUUCAGACUUUUGUCAAUAUCCUCGCGGAUAGGAAGGGGCGGGGGGUGGUGGAAUCCAAUACCCUCCUCCUCGGGGAGGCGGUAAAAGCCAAGAGAUAUUUCAUGGCUGUGUGUGGCUAAUGAAAUCCCACUUCUAUCCAGUUAUAAGAAAGAAAAGCCAAGAGUCGACGAGCAGGGAUUGAAAUCUGCUUUUGCAUGCACUCCGCUCUCGACGCCUGGCGCUGCAGUACGAAAAAGCCAACCCACUCGGCUAGGAGUCGGUGUGGAGAGAGCGCGGGAGGGAGGAGGAGGAGGAGGAAGCGAGGGGAGUGGGAGAGCAGAGGUCUUAGCAGACGCUCCAACGUGGAUAAGCUUUAAGCUUUCUGAUACAUUCCUGCCUGGCCAGGGCGACACUUCCUGCGAGAGCUGUGCCGACUUGUUGCAAAGAUCUGUCUUAGAAAGCAACGAAAUCAAUCCACUGGGUUGCUCGUCUCCCUCCCGCGCCUUCCCCCCCCACCCCACCCCGAUCGCUCCCCUUCCCGGCUCUAGCGACGUCCUAGUUGGUCGAAUCGAGACCCUUUCUGAAGGAGGUCGGGGCAAUUUGAUGGAGACUUCAAGCAGCCUGGCGGUUGGGGGGCGAUCGCGGGGGGAUUUUGGAGGGGACUGAAGAAGGGAGGGGUGGCAGUACAGACAUGCAGAGAGCCAGCGUGAUGGGGAUGCCCAGUCCGGAACCCAGUGGAUCAUAUUCCCAGCAAUUCAAAGCCAUGAGGUUCUCCUAUCACAUCGAAGGGGGAGCGACUACUUCGCCCCAAAUCCGAGCUGGUCCCGUUCAGCCCCACCGACUCCUGGUCAAAAGUCUCUCUUCAGAACCCAGCCCUGAACAUCGCUCACCAGAAGCCCCCCAACGACUCAUCUCAGAUCCAGGACCUGACCACAACGAAGAAGAAAUUGCCAAACUCCGACCACUCAAGCGUCCCCCAGGACCAAAACCACAAGUUCCUCCCAAGCCAGCUUAUCUGCAGAAUAGCCAGCCCCCACGGUUUCCUGAAUCGAUCCCCCCGCCGCCAUCACGACCCCUCCCAGCCGACCCCCGCCUGGGCCGCAGCCCUCUGCCAAAAGAUGGAGUGGGCUACUCAUCUGCCGUCUCCUGCCUCAUUGAGAAGUUUGAAAGGGAACCUAUAAUCCUGACGUCUGAACAGACUCCCUCGCCGUGUCCCAGCCCAGACCUCCAAGCCCUAGAGAUAAAUUCUAUGGAACCCUCGCUUGAUCGUCCAGCUUCCUUGGAAUCGGCAGAGCUGUCUCACAAGCUCCUGGACCUCCUGGCAUUGGAAGGAGGGCAAGCGGCUGCAGGAAAUGCCGUCUGCUUGCCGCCUCACGAUGGUGGGAAACUGGCAAACCGGGACAGCGGCAUUGAUAGCAUCAGUUCACCAUCGAACAGUGAGGAGAUUUGCUUUGGGCCUGAGGAAGGUACAGGGGAGGGUGCCGGACCGCUGGCACCUCCAAGCAUCAUCAAACGCAGCUCAACUCGUGAUUCUGAGGGGGACAGUGACAUGGAUGAUGGCAGUGGGGAUGAGGCUGAGCUGCUCUCUGACCUUCCACCUCCACAGACAGAGAAGCUGGAUUCUGAUGAGAUGACGGUUCCACAGAAAGUCUUCCGAAUUGCCAACGAACUUCUCCGAACAGAAAAAGCAUAUGUAUCUCGCCUGUAUCUAUUGGACCAGGUCUUCUGUGCCCGUCUGAUGGAGGAAGCACGCUGCCGAAACUCUUUCCCAGCUGAUGUGGUGAUGGGCAUUUUUUCCAACAUCUGUUCCAUCUACUGUUUCCACCAGCAGUUCCUGCUCCCAGAAUUAGAGAAACGGAUGGAAGAAUGGGACCAACACCCACGAAUUGGGGAUAUCCUGCAAAAGCUGGCUCCCUUUCUCAAGAUGUAUGGCGAGUAUGUGAAGAAUUUCGACCGUGCCAUGGAACUGGUAAACACCUGGAUGGAGCGCUCAACACAGUUCAAGGGCAUUAUCCAUGAAAUACAGCGGGAAGAGCUAUGUGGGAACCUGACCCUGCAGCAUCACAUGCUGGAACCGGUCCAGAGAAUCCCUCGCUACGAGCUGCUUCUGAAGGACUAUCUCCUGAAACUGCCCCAGGACUCGCCUGACUGCAAGGAUGCCCAAAAAUCCCUGGAACUUAUUGCAACUGCUGCAGAACAUUCAAAUGCCGCCAUCCGCAAAAUGGAAAGAAUGCACUCAUUGUUGAAAGUGUAUGAGCUGCUUGGAGGUGAGGAAGACAUAGUCAAUCCCACCAACGAACUCAUCAAGGAAGGGCACAUCCUGAAGCUUUCUGCUAAGAAUGGUACCACCCAAGACCGCUACCUGAUCUUGUUCAACGACCGAUUGCUUUACUGUGUGCCAAAACUGCGUCUCAUAGGCCAGAAAUUUGGAGUCCGUGCUCGCAUAGAUGUGGAAGGAAUGGAGGUAAAGAAAGAAGAAGCAGUGGGAGAACUAGAUAAAUAUUCACAAUUAAAAGAGACCAGCAGCCUCAAUGUGCCUCGGACCUUCCUUGUAUCAGGGAAGCAGCGAUCCUUAGAGCUUCAGGCCAGGACUGAAGAAGAGAAAAGAGACUGGAUCCAGGCAAUACAGGCUACAAUUCAGAAACACGAACAGACGCUGGAAAUGUUCAAGCAGCUUGCCAGUGAAGAUGAAACGCCGCCUAAUUCACCAGGCUGUGAGUUGGGCCGAAGAGCACCCACGCCAAUCCGGGAAAAAGAGGUGACUUUGUGUAUGCAAUGCAAAGAGCCCUUCAACGCUCUCACCAAACGGAGGCAUCAUUGCCGAGCCUGUGGCCAUGUUGUCUGUGGAAAAUGCUCAGAGUUCCGGGCCCGCUUGGUGUAUGACAACAACCGGCCAAACCGUGUCUGCACUGACUGUUACACCACGCUUCAUGGCUCCCCUGGCAGCCCUGUGCCCCAUCCCAACACCCCCCAACGCCGAAAAUCCAUUCUGGAGAAACAAGCCUCGGUGGUGGCAGAGAAUAGUGUGAUCUGCAGUUUCUUGCACUACAUGGAGAAAGGAGGGAAGGCUUGGCACAAAGGCUGGUUUGUCAUCCCUGAAAAUGAACCUCUGGUGUUAUACAUCUAUGGAGCUCCACAGGAUGUAAAAGCCCUGCGCUCGAUGCCUCUGAUUGGAUUUGAAGUCAGCCUUCCUGAGCCCAGCGAACGGGUGGACCGACGCCAUGCCUUCCGGAUCAGCCAGAGCCAUCUGUGUUGGUAUUUCAGCCCUGAGACUGAGGAGCUGCGGCAGCGAUGGAUGGAAGUGUUGAGCAGGGCAGGCCGCGGAGAAGAAGCGAAGACUCCACCUUCAAUUCUGGAGGCCGAUGAGGAUACAGAAGCAGAGAGAACCUAGGCAUGGGCCUGAGGAACUGGGAGAAAUGGACUCUGCCCACAUGGGGACCUUACUCACUAUUCUCUGACCAGUAUACUUGAAACUAUUUUUCCUUCUUCCUCUUUCCGUCUAGCACUUUCUCAGUUCUUUUUGUCAGCAUCUGCCAUAGCCAUCUGACCUGUCCUCGGCCAAUGAUGUUCUCUGCCAUACCCCAGCCAUAGGGAUAAAGCACAUGCACUGAGAUUUGCUCCAGGCCAGUUCUUCCCACACCAUAGCAUGCAGUAUCCCACAUACCCCCUCCAGCUUAGUUCCCUUCAUGUUCUCUUUUAUGCAUGGAAAAACUGAUUUGAGAAAGUGAUUUCUUCUUUUAAGAAUGUGCUUCCCCCUUCUUUACCUCUUGGACCAAGAUCUGUUCUUCCAAUCCCCCACUGCUUAUUUAGCACUUACUGAACUCCAGUAAUUUGGGAAGACAAAAAUGGGGGAGUGUCCUUUCUCAAGUAUCUGUUUGCCUCUUGUUUUGAUAACUUAUUCCAGUGUUUCCCAAACUUGACAAUUUUAAGGCAUGAGGACUUCAACUCCCAGAAUUCCACAGCCAGCAACGCUGGCUGUGGAAUUCUGGAAGUUGAAGUCCACAUGCCUUAAAAUUGUUUGGGAAACACUGACUAAUUCCUCUAAUUCCCCAUCUCUGCUUGAGAUUGGGUAGGAUGUUUCAGUCUGCUGCAGAUUUAAUAAGUAGGCAAUCUUCCAUUAUAACUUGAAGCCAUUCUACCAGUCUUGAUUUUUGUGCCAAAUGGGAGUAAAUCUGGGUUGGGUUAGAUUGAGAGAAGAAAAAAAGAUUGUCUUUACUUUUGUACAGCUUAUCUCUGGAGGAUAAGUUCUUCCUCAUCACAAGAACUCAUGUGUUGGAUACAUCCCCUUAUUAAUUUACUGUUACAACUUUGUGGAAUCCGAAGACUGAUUUCCGUUCCACUGAACUCAAGGUCCCUCCAGGUACCAGUUGGAUAGCGCCCAAUUUUCUAAUUUGGCCCUUUUUUUCAAUUAAAUUGAAUGGCAAAAAGAGAACUGUCGUUUGCUAUUAACGGAUCAUCAGGUGGGCACUUGUGUCCUUCUGUGUAUAUUGUUGGACUGGAUCUCCUAUCAUUUUCUAUCACUUGGCCAUACUGUCAAGAACUGAUGGAAGUUGAGAGUUCUGCAACUUCUGGAGCAGCGGUUCUCAACCUAUCGGUCGCGACCCCAUUUGGGGUCGAACGACCAUUUUACGGGGGUCACCAAACAACACGAUCCGCCAUUUCCCCCCUCAGGGGGCGCCGCCGCGCAUGCGCACCGCGCAUGGCGCCACCGCACAUGCGCACCGUGCAUGGGGGCACCACUGCACAUGCGCACUGCGCAUGGGCGCCACCGCAUAUGCGCACUGCGUCCGUGUGACGGGGGUUGCCGUCACACAAAGGUUGAGAACCGCUGCUCUGGAGGGUCAUAUCUCACCUACUACUGAUCUAAAAUGUCAUCUUUUUGAGGAGCAUGGAGCAUAGGCAUGCUAAGGGAGAAAGUUUCCACGGUGAACAGUAGAGAUGCUAGAGACUACAUGCAUUAAAUUGGAAUACAACUAAGAGUUAGAAUGUCCAGAGACUUCAAAUCUCAUUCAUUUCAGCUUCAGCGUUUCACCCCAACUUAUUUAACAAGCCUAUGCCUCCAGUGGCUUGUGAACUCUCAAUAAUGGGGCUGGGGAAGAUUAGAUUUCUUGGGUCAAAGGAAGGUGCAGAAAGUUCUCAAACAUAUCAGCAAUCUCCAUUCAAAUGGCCCAUGGGAGAGAAUGGGGAACAUUUGAGAAUAUAUUUUUGUCUUGGAAUUCUUUUAAGGGUUAGUGAAAUACAGACCAGGGCCAAAUUGCUGGAUAGACUGCUGAAGUCCUGGCUUAAGAGCCACAAAUAUUAGAAUAUGGUGCUAGUGCAGUAUUAAUUUCUCCAUUAACCUAUACUGUAAAUGUAGUCCUCAAUUUACAACCACAGUUAAGCCCAAAUGCUAAGUGAGACAGUUGUUAAGUGACUUUUGUCCCAUUUUACCACCUUUCUUGCCACAGUUGUUAAGUGAAUCAUUGCAGUUAAUU